AUGGGAUCCAUGGACGAGCCGGACCCAGGCGCUACGCCCCCGGGGCCGGUCCCGGGGCUGGAACUCGCAGAUUCUGCUGGUCCGAGCAACCUCGACGCUGGGACUGCGCACGGCCUCGCUGCGAUCCGCGACGCGGGCGGGGAUGACGACAACCUUUCUUCGCCACCUGGCAGCCAAGUCUGCGGGGGGAAGCGCUUCCGUGACGGCGGGCAGGGCCUGGGAGGCUCUCCGCUGAAGAUGCCCUCGCCUGCCAACGGUCGCAGAACCAGCGGCGCCUCGGAGCUCAACGUCCUGCACGACCUCUCCAUCAUGUCGCAGCAGGCCGGCGCCGUGGUCGACGACAGCUUCCUGCGGCACCUGCAGACCUGCAGAGACCUUGCCACGGCGGGCGCUAGAGAGGAGAACGCCGCCGCGCGGAGCGAGCUCGACGCCUGGUGCCACGCGCGGCAGCUCCGCUGCAUCGAGGACGUCGUUUCUGGCAUCGCGAGACGCUCCGGCAUCAUCCUGGAGGCAGCUUUGGAGCCGGCAGAGGUCCACAAGUGCCUUCUCCAGGCACUGAACGACAACGACACUCUCCGGCGCACCGGUCACGUGCCGACGCACACCGUGGCGUGGCUGCGCGAGCGCUGCGAGGACGCCAAGGAGGGCGGCUGGGAGUACGCGACGCGCUUAGCGUUCAGUGUGUGCGGCCACGAAGUGCAGUCGCUGCACAUGCUGCUGCGCGCGGUGCGCGCGGCGGGGGCGACGAAGCACGACGCGCGCGCGUGGGUGUCGCUGCUGAUGGCCGCGACGGCGUCCAAGUCGUGGACAGACCCCGGGGGGAGUGUCAUGGCCAGCGCGUGCGCGGAGAGCCUCUUGUACGAGGACGUCGACGCGCACAGAGAGGAGCACGGCGACGAGAAGGUCCCGACGGCGGAGCAGAGGGCGGUGUCGGAGUUCGUGCUCAGCGGGGAUGGCGACGGGCCGAACGUCCUGCUUGUGCCGUCUGGCGCCGGGAGCGGCAAGACGUCGACGAUCGAGGACUUUUGCGAGAAGCAGUGUGGCUACCGGGGUAUGAAGUUUCUGUACGCCGCGUACAACGUACGCGUGCGACUGGAGGCCACGGAGCGGCUUCAGGCGAGGCUGGCCCCGAAAGACGUCCAUAGCAGCGUCAAGACCUUGCACGGGCUCGCAUUCGUUGCAACGGAAGUUUUCAAUCGCCCAGACGCGAAGGAGGAGGUCAUGCGCAACGGAAAGCUGGAGAAGGUCGUGUCGGUCGUAGGCAACCUGAGCCUCCUCGAGGUGCGCAACAAGCUCGUGGAAUUCGGCGUCGACGUGAAUGCGCGGAAGGGAUUGACCGCCGACGUCAGGGGUACGAUCGAGGGCUUCGAGAACAGCGCGGACCCCGAGAUCGCGCUGCAUCACGUGCCGUGGAGGCGGACGUCGCCGUCACCGCCAGGGGAGAUCGCGGCACUGGCGCGGCGGGUGUGGUCGUGCGUGGAGGAGAGAACUGACAAGUCCUUUCGACUGACGCACAACGCUUACCUGAAGAUCUGCCAGCUCGAGGUGCUUCGCUGGGGCGCGCCGCUGCAACGCGCGGACGUCCUCAUCGUGGACGAGGGGCAGGACCUGAACCCGGUGAUGAUCGACAUCAUCCUCCGCGGGGGCUGGAAGCGCAUCGUCAUCGUCGGGGACCCCGCGCAGGCCAUCUAUGCGUGGCGCGGGGCGGUGGACGCCCUCGCUGCAGUCAGGAUGCGCCUCCCGGGGGCGCGCAUCACCGAGCGACGACUCUCGCAGUCGUACCGGUUCGGCGCGUCGAUUGCGGCGGCGGCCAACUCCCUGCUGGCGCUCAACGGCGCCCCUCUCGGCACGCGCCUCAUCGGCGCCGCUGCCCACGGCGACGUGUGGCACGGGCACCUGCCGCCGAUCGUCGGCAACAGCGAGAAAGUGUGGCCCCAGUGGCUGGCCGAGAUGAAGCGCCGCCCGCCCGCGCGCCGCCGCAAGAUCACCCUGAUCGGCUACACGUGGUUCAGCCUCGUCGUCGCAGCGAUCCAGGUCGCGGACGCCGGCCUGACCUUUACUAUACCCUGUCCACCCGGAAAGAACGUUGGGGCGAAGGUCUCCACCAUCGAGUGCCGCGCGAAACUCAUGCUUGACAUCCUCCAGCUCCUCAGGGCCGCGGAAGGCGAGAUAGACCUGCGUGACGUGCGGUUUGAGUCCAGUGACGUCAUCAUGAAAGACAUACGGAAGCAGAUCGACGAUCCCGCGAUCUCGAUGACCGCCGAAGACGCGCUGGAGUAUAUGGAGCAGUCGAACACCGCGUGGCACUUUCAGAGCGUGUCGAUGGUGCGCGAGGCGGCCAGGGUCGGGCACUUCCCGGGCUGCGAAGACCCCCCGGAGGCGUCGCUGCGCAAGCUGCUGCGGCUGACGGAGGUCCUCAAGCGGGCGCACCGCCUGACCGCCGACGUGCCCGUGGUGCUGGAGACGAUCCACCAGUCCAAGGGCGCGGAGUGGGACCGCGUCCUCGUGCUCGGGGGGUCACUGAUGGAGAUGGACCGAGCCACAAAGCAGCUGAACGCCAACCAGUGGGGCGUCGGGAUGCAGCAGGCCGUCAACCUGCUGUACGUGGCGGUCACUCGUGCCAGGCACUUGGUGGUCGUCCCGCGGGUGAUCACCGACGCGCUGGAGGGGGAGGUGCCCGUCGCGGCGUGCAGGGCGAUGGCGACGCGCCUGGUUCUGCGGCACAAGAGGGACCUCGAGGGGUGGGAGGGGGGGUGUUUGCUGUGCCGGAACAGCUGGAGCGACUACUUCGGCGCGGUGUGCACGGACCCCAAGAGCCCCUGGAACCGCGACCCUGGUCUACGCGUCGCGUGCGUGCGCUCGCCGGUGUCCGCGAUGCUGCGGCUCGCCGCUGAGGGGCCCGCGGCGGCUCCCUUGCCAUCGGUCGCGGGGGUCAUCUGCAGCACGUGCGUGCUGGCGACCGUGCUCGGCCGCGGCCAGGCCACAGGAGCGGCAGGCCCGGCGCAGGCCGACGGCGGCGCUGACGCGGUGAUGACGGACGCGGCAGUCGACGCCCUGCGCCGCCACUGGCAGGCGAGCAUCGCGCCGUUUGAUCGGGCGCUGAGUCAGCUGCUGGGGCUGGACGAUGCCCCCCGCGCGCGAACGCUCGCAGCGGCGAUCGCCGCGGUGGCGCGCUGCGCGUACCCGCGCGGACCAGUGCCAGCGCCGCCCAGCGGCUCUGCCUGUGCAGACGCCGCUGCGGGUUCGCCGUGCCCGUUCUCCGGGUCGCACGUCGCGUGGGCAUACGAGGAGCUGUGGAGGAGGCUGGGGCGGAUUUCAUCGACAGAAUCCAUGCGUGCGGUCUCGGAUCGGAUCAAGCAUAUUUGUCUUUCACGCGUGCAAGUGGGGCCGGAGUGGUGCGAGUGGAGGGCGUGGACGGCGGGGCCGGCGGCAGCGGACGCGCCAGGGCCGCGGGACUGCGGCGCCAAGCAUUAG